CCUGAAGGAUUUUUGUAAGCCGCCAAGAAUAAAAAUUUCCUUAAUACACGAAUGUCGGUGUUUCGGGCAGCGCAGAUCGAGAGAUUGAGUUGCACUGCUCCAAAUGUGAGUGAAAUCGCCAUACAAGCCGAUUGUGACGUUGAUGAUAAUGAACCGCAGAAAGAUGAACAUGAUGUGUUAGACUUUAGCAGUCCAUUUCUAUUCAGUGAUGCUGUUCUGAUUGUUCAAGGUAGAAAUCUUCAUUGUCAUCGUGCUAUUCUAUCCAUCUAUUCACCUGUAUUCAAAGCUAUGUUUCAAAAUCGAUGCAUUGAAAAUCAAAAAAAUGAAGUCGUUAUUCCAGUUGAUGAGUUUGAUGACAUAAGGGAAAUGUUGCGUCACAUGUACACACCUGGUGGCUGUGAUAUGACAGCUGAAACAGCUGAAAAGUUGCUGCCUAUUUUACAUCGAUACCAAAUCGAUUCUAUGGUUAGCUUGGCUGAGAGGACACUUACAUUUCGUCUCAAUGAUGUAACUGCACCAUUGUUUCUCCGGAUAGCCGAUUUAUAUGGUCUGAGUAGAUUACGACAAGCAGCUUUGGAUUCUUGUGCUCGUUUAGAUUACGGUCGGAUGGUUAAAGCAUUUGAAGAAAUAAAUUUAUCAAUGGAACUUAAAAAUGAAGUACUUGAAAGAAGAAUAAGAGUUUUGGAAAAAUGUCUUGUAGAUAUUCAACAGAGUUUUAAUCAUUCGUGUUCACGUAUGGAGAGUCGUGCUGAACGUGUUCCUUCCAAUCAUUGUUCAUUACAUUGCCGUCCGUUUUCAACAAUCACUUUUAGUCCCGUUGUAAACAGUGCAACAGGAUCGUCAAUCAAUAGUAGUGGAGACCAACAUUUACAGAAUAAUAAUGCCAAUGAUACUGUGCAUAAUGACGUAGCUGCAAGCAUAAUGCCAUUUUCAGUUGCUAGAAAUGUGGAAAUACGUACAAGUGGGGAUAAUGGUAAUAAUGAUACCACACAAAGAGAAGCAGAUACAAAUUUAUCCAAUACAGCUACUACUACUACAUCCACUGCAAUAAUACCACCAAUUUCUAAUACUCCAUUAAUUACCGCUGUUUGUGAACAAUGUGUAGAACAAUUCAAAACUCAUAUACAGGAAUUGUGUAAAAGAGGAUUGCAUAAAAUACCGAUUAUCACUUGCAGAAAUCCUUGAUUUCAUGUGUUCCUUUAUUGUUUUUACAAAAUCUUUUUUCUUAGAAACUAUAGAGUUAGAACAUUUUAACUCCAAGAUACGCAGUCCAGUAAAACAAGUUUAGUGACAUAUCAUGACAUACGUAACAUAUCUAUUCAUAGACUAAAAAAAGAACAUCCGUUUAUUCCAAGGAUAAUUUCAUUUCAUUUUGUCAUUUUAAACAAUAUAUAUUAUAUAUAUCAUCUUAAUAAACAUUUUGUUAAACUCAAUAAUGUGAGAACAAAAUGGUAGUUUGGGUGAAGUUUCAUUUACUUUCAUAGCCUAUAUUUCUCUAUGUCCUAAGCACUACUUUACAAUACAUCUUCAAACUCAAAAGCAUUGUUGUUUCUUGAGAUGUUAGCUGAUAUCACGUUCUAAAGUCAUCAAUCAGAAUUCUGAUUUCAUAUAUUCCUUGUCUACUAUUUCUUCCAUAGCCUUGUGUCCCAGAUUUGGUCGAUUAUACUCCUGACCAGCACUGUUAACCUUGGGCUAACGUAACCAAGCCCC